CUGAUGUCAGAAUAGCAAAUGUUCUUCCCUGUUCAAUCAUUUGCAAGCAAGGACACAAAGGAAGGGCCAUUGUGACUCAAGCUGCAGCUAAAACCAGUCCAAUGCAACAGACGUUUCAAGAACAGCAGCAGAAAAAUGAUGACCUAACUGAAUGGAACAAGAAGGCACGUAUUUUCAAGAAGACAUCUCUAUUCUUAGAGUAGAAAUUUCCCUUCAAGAUGACAAGUGGUUCAAACCCUUCAGGAUCUUACUUGCCCUCAAAAGUAAGAUGUUCCAAAAUAGAUGACAACUACUUGAAGAAAUUGAAUGAGGACUUAAAGCUAAGGAAGCAGGAACUGCUAGAGAUCCUAAAACCUCUUGAAGAUAAGAACAAUCUCUUAUUUCAGAAGUUGAUGUCUAACUUGGAAGAAAAACAGAGAAGUCUACAGAUCAUGAGGCAGAUCAUGGCAGGGAAGGGGAGUGAAGAAUCCUCAAUCAUGGAGCUCAUUAAGGAAGCAGAGGAGAUGAAGCAGAAUCUGGAAAGGAAAAACAAGAUGCUUCGGAAGGAAAUGGAGAUGCUAUGGAACAAGCUUUGCCAAAACGUCUCUCUACAGACAUUCGACACAGAAGAACUUGGUGAUCAACAAAAAGCACCGCAGAUAAAAGACAAAGCAGACUUGCAGGAUGGGAAGGUUCCCAAAACCCCCUCCUCACCUAGGAAGACCAAGAAUGAACUGGAGACAUCAUGUGCAGAGAAAGUGAAAGAGAAAAAGAAGAAGCUCUUUCUUCCACCAGGAAAAGCCACAGAGGAAAAUGGAAUGGGUCAGGUAUCAGGAACAAGCCAACAUCCUUCAGGUACUGUGAACACUACAACUACCAGCAGAUUAACUACCAGCAAAAACGAAUCUAAUGUGAGAAUUCUGGGAUCAAAAACCUACACAGAACAACAAAGAGCUAAAGGAAGUCAGUUUGAUGAUGUAGGAGGGAGGAUCUUUUUUCUGAGGUCACUGCCAGACGAAGCUCUGAAGGAUUAGAAGGCUUUCACUCCGUUUGCUUUGGACAGAUUUAAAGACGAGGCACAGCCAUUUGUGUUAAUUAAAAUCUCUCAAACCUU